GGCCCAGGCGGCGGCUUAAAAGGCGGAUGCUCCCGGCCUGGGCGCCGCUUCUGCUGCUUCUGCUGCUGCCCAUGGCUCCCUCCUCGGCCUCGGCGCUGCCUGCUCCGCUCCGGGCGCUGCUCCGCUACCGAGGCUCCCUGGCUCUGUUCGGCGCCCCGCUGGCCCUGCUGCCGCUGCCGCUGCUGCUGCCUGGACAGGAGGCCCGCUGUGGCUACGUGAUUCUCCUGAUGGCUAUCUAUUGGUGCACGGAGGUCAUCCCUUUGGCUGCCACGGCCCUCCUGCCGGUGGUCCUCUUCCCAAUGUUGGGCAUCCUGGAGUCCAAGAAGGUGUGCAUGCAGUACCUGAAGGACACCAACAUGCUCUUUGUGGGGGGGCUGAUCGUAGCCGUGGCGGUGGAGCGCUGGAACCUGCACAAGCGGAUCGCCCUGCGGGUGCUGCUCACCAUGGGGGUCAAGCCUGCCCUGCUGAUGCUGGGCUUCAUGGGGGUCACGGCCUUCCUCUCCAUGUGGAUCAGCAACACAGCCACCACUGCCAUGAUGGUCCCCAUCGUCCAAGCAGUCCUGGACCAGAUGAACAGUUCAGAGCCAGAGCCGGUGGGACAGGAGAUGCCCACUGGGCACCUCAACCCCAGCAGCGGGAUAGAGCUGGGUGGGAAGGUGGCCAUGGGUCUCUCCUCAGGACAGGGCAAUAGCUUCCUCCCGGAGGACCCCACAGACCCCAAGAAAGAAGCGGUCAAGAGGAGGAUCAACAAGGGGAUGACCCUCUGCAUCUGCUACGCUGCCAGCAUUGGAGGGACGGCCACACUGACCGGGACGGGGCCCAACCUGGUCCUGAAGGGCCAGAUGAACCAGUUGUUCCCGGAGAACGGCGACGUCUUGAAUUUUGCCUCCUGGUUUGGCUUUGCCUUCCCAAAUAUGCUCCUGAUGCUGCUGCUGGCCUGGGUUUGGCUCCAGGUCUCCUUCAUGGGAUUCAACUUCCGGAAGACCUGGGGCUGCGGGAGCCAGCAGACGGAGUUGGAGAGGGCUGCCCUCCGGGUCCUGAAGGAGGAGCACCGCAAGCUGGGCCCCAUCUCCUUCGCUGAGUGCAACGUACUGGUGGUCUUCACCCUCCUCAUCCUCCUCUGGUUCACGCGAGACCCCGGCUUCAUCCCUGGAUGGGCCACCGUUCUCUUCAAUAAGGAGAAGGAGUACGUGACAGAUGCCACUGUGGCCAUUUUCGUGGCCUUGCUGCUCUUCAUCCUUCCUGCCACCCGGCCCAAGUGUGGCAUCUGUGCCCCCAGCAGCUGCGACCUGGAAGAGGGGGAGGAAGCCAUGAAGGAGCCCCUGCCCCCAGCCCCCCUCCUGGACUGGAAGGUGGUCCAUCGGAAGUUGCCCUGGAGCAUUGUGCUGCUGCUGGGAGGAGGCUUCGCCUUGGCCAACGGAAGUGAGGUGUCUGGGCUGUCCAAGUGGUUGGGUGACCAGAUGACCCCCCUGCACAGUGUGCCCCCCUGGGCCAUUGCCAUCAUCCUCUCCCUAGUCAUCGCCAUCUUCACUGAGUGCACCAGCAAUGUGGCCACUGCCACCCUCUUCCUGCCCGUCUUUGCAUCCCUGUCCCAGUCCAUUGGGGUGAAUCCCCUGUACAUCAUGAUCCCCUGCACCCUGAGCGCCUCUUUCGCCUUCAUGCUCCCUGUGGCCACCCCGCCCAACGCCAUUGUCUUCUCCUACGGCCACCUCCGCAUCUCGGACAUGGCUAAAACUGGAAUUGUGAUGAACAUCAUUGGCGUCUUGUGCAUCACGCUGGCCAUCAACAGCUGGGGCAGAGCCAUGUUCCACUUGGACUCCUUCCCCGCCUGGGCAAACACCACUCUUGGGGAAUGAAGGCUGGGCCACAGGAAGUACUCUGGCCCCAAAAAGAAGGAGGAGGAGGAGGAGAGUGAUGCAAGCAUACCCAGGGAGGGGGUCCUGGCCCCCCACCCACACACCAGGCCAGACCUCUUCUGGGACGCCAGGCAAGCAGCGGCAUUUCUAUCAGCCAGGGGGGCCAAAGCCAUAAACUGACCCCUGAGAGGAUGAGGAGCCCAGUGCCAGCCCAGCUCAGCCUCACCUCUGGUCCUUCUGGGAAGAGAAUACGGGUGACUUCCAAAAGAAAAGCAAGACAAGUGAACCAAAGCGGAGACGCUGCUGAGGAUCCACAAGGGAGGCAAAGGCAGUGACGCUCACAGGAGGGUUCCCGCUCACUAUGGGGCAACCGGAAUAGGGGUUCAUGUGGCCGAUGGUGGCUCUGGCCCUGGUCCACAGCCUCCCCUCUUGCCACUGCCCUUCUUCCCUAGGGUCCACCUGCGCCCCACCUCAUACAACCAGUUCCCACUGUGCCUACCGCUCUGGCAGCAAAGUUUGUCAUGAGUGGAUUCAAAGAAUGGACUCCUAGGGUUGCAAACUUGCCUUUUGUGGGUUGCCUUGAGGGGCCUCAUUCCCUGGGACCCCUUGUUCGCUGUGGCCAUGCUCUGCCCGGCUGCCCCAGGAACCCAUUGAGCUCUGCAGCUUGAGGGCAGCGCCAGGGGAAAGCCCAGCGUCCCAGAGGCCCUCCAGCCCCUUAGCAGCCCCACUGCCAGAAGCCAGGAAGAUGGGGUUGCUGGGUGAGGUCCAAAAGGGGGGCAAAGAUGGGGUGGAGUGGAGGGCACAGCUCCAGAGAGCCAGGGCCCCGUGGGAGCAAGUCACCUUCUCCUCUGAACCUUUGUAUUGAAUUUCCUUUAAUCAAAUGCCAUUUGCAUUUUGUAAAACUGACAGGGACACUAUUUGGAAAGCAGUCCCCCAGAUGACUGGAGCGGGUUGGCUGCCCUGCUUCCCUUGUCCUCCGUAAAGGCAAGUGGCAGGGGUCCCCACUAGGAGUGUGUGUGCAGUUUGCCACUCUCUUUGGACCAACUGCUGGAGGGACAGACAGGGCUGUGCAAAGGGCUUGCAAACAUCCUCCAUUUGUCUCUCCCUCACCCCCAGGAUCUCAAAGCCUUUGCUGUUGCAAAGUGUGAGCCUGCAGGGCAGGGCUGGGGAUUUUUUUAACUUCAAUUUUGGGCAAGCUGAGUGUAAUUUGAUGUACUUAUAAGAAUAAAUAUUAUUUCUAUCCU